AUGAUCCCAAAGAUUGCUGAUUUUGGGAUGGCAAGGAUCUUUGGUAUGGACCAAAGUGGAGCUAAUACAAGCAGGAUAGUUGGGACACAUGGUUACAUGCCCCCGGAAUAUCUGAUUCAUGGCCAAUUCUCAAUGAAAUCUGAUGUGCAUAGCUUCGGCGUCUUAGUUCUUGAGAUUAUAUCUGGCAGGAAGAACAGCAGCUUCCACCAGACGUCAGAUGCAACAGCUGAGAAUUUCGUCACCCAAGCUUGGAAGCUUUGGAAAAACAGGUCACCAUUAGAGCUAGUUGAUCCAAACAUUGUAGAGAAUUAUCAGAUGGAGGAAGUGACAAGAUGCAUCCACAUUGCGCUCCUAUGUGUUCAGGAAGAUCCAACAGAUCGUCCCAACUUGUCGACAAUCACGUUGAUGCUCACUAGCAAUACCCUCAUCUUGCCUGUUCCUCAACCACCUGGAUUCUUCCUUCAAAAUAGACGCAACCAGAAACAAGGUUUGGAGGAACUUGAGUCGAGCCAAUCUACAAUCUGA